AUUCGAUAGCUCGAUAGUGCCAUAGAUGCCCAGCUCUACCUCUAACGCUGAUAAUUCACAAAUAAGAAAAAAUAGUGUACAUAUAAAAAUAAAUGUUGGAGAAAGACAAUGGCAGAAAAAUAUUCUUCAGAUCUUACACUAGUUGUUAUUGCGCAGAUAGCACAAACAAUUGGUUACAGCAGCACACUGAGUGCACCCUUGGAGUUGUUACAAGAUGUAAUGCAAAAAUUUACGCAGGAGUUUGCCCGAGACCUCCAUGGGCAUAUGGAGCACGCCAAUCGUACAAGACCCAGUAUUAAGGACGCGCGCCUUAGUAUGAAGAGUUUGAACAUAAAUGUUCAAGAACUUUUGGAUUACAUUGGGAAUGUCGAGCCUGUGGGGUUUGCCCGCGAUGUUCCCGAGUACCCCAUUCGAAAAGCUGCAAAUAUGAACUUUCUUAAGCCUGGAAGCGCAGAAACCCUAACUCGACCUGUUUACAUAUUUGAGUAUUUGCCACCAAUGCAGGACCCUGAGCCACGGGAGAUUCAAACUGAUACUCAAAAGGAAUUUUCACAAAAACGUGAAUAUGGGGCAAAUACAGAGUUUGAUGUGACAAGUUCGGCGGAGAAACUGGGCAACAAUCAAAUUGAUUCCCUUUCUCCCAACGCUGUGGUUAAUUUUCCGUCAAAUGCCUUUGACUCGGAUACUGGUCGCUCAGUCCGGGAAAUGAGCAGCGUGGUAAUGACAACAGGCGGAUUUAUCAGUCCAGCUAUCGAAGGGAAACUCCCAGAAGCUUUCAUACCGGACAUAAUUGAAAAAUAUAAAGGCCUGGAUGCACCGCCUUCCUCGUCGAUAGUUGUCCACCCUUCGGAUUAUUCUCCGAAGUUGGUUACAUCUGAAAAAGAAGCAUCGAUAAACUCAAACUCAAAAAAGUUAAUAACUCACAACAAUGCAGAAAACAAAAACCAAACCAAAAACCAAAAUACUGCAUUAUUAACAAAUGAAAGCACCGAGCCCUUCUUAUUACUACCUUCUAACAAUCUAUCAAUAUCACCCGCAUCGACUGCUUCAACAACUAAAAAGAGUAAAAAACAGAAACAAGAUUUAAUAGACGAGCUCAGUAGAAAAGAUAAAUCAAAUUUUGCUUUCGCUAAAACUCAGGAAAAAUCGCAGCGAAAGGCUUUGAAAAUGUACCAAAAACUUUCAAAGAACCAAUCUGACCAUUCAAAUGGUGAGAUCCUACACAUAAAAAAGUCUAAGAAGCGAGUAAAUCGGGGGAACAGCAUUUCCGAUCCUAAUCAAAUACAUUUAGAAAAGAUGCUUAAAAAACAGGCUAAGCAUGGACAAAAAGAAGUUAAGCUUGAAAUUGACGAGAAAAAUGUUGGAUACUUACAAAGUUCUCAAACCAUGAGCGGCUUUACACCACAAGCGAAUUUAAAUACAGAAAAUCUAUCAGUUGAUAUACCUACUGUAGAUACUGUGUUUAUAAAGAAAGUUGAGAACAAUUUGCAAAGUUCAAACUUUCCAACGCAGCACGGCACCAUACAACAAUCGCCAAUAUCAUUAUCAGCAAAAAAAACCCCAUGCGAACCGGAACGCAAUAAGUUGGAUAUCUUUAAGAAAAUUUCCAAGCCACGAACUUCUCGUCAGGAUGGUGGAGCAAUUACGGGACCUCCCGGAAUGGGGGUACGUGUUUUUGGAAACACAAUAUCCGGAUCAUCAUUAAUAAGUCUUCCAUCUGGGACUACUAUAACUCCUACACCUCCACUUGGGAUGAAUCCAGAGAACAUUAACGUUCCUAGUGUAAACAAUUUUGGUUUAUUGAAUCAAACCCCUCACACACCUAAAGCAGACGUUGAAAUGUCUAUAAUUGAUUCGGUUAAGCCAAAAAAGCGAGGGCGCAAACCUGGCGGUAAGAAUCUAUUAAAACAAACAAAUUUAACAUCACAAACUCUGGUUGAAUCAGCAAAAAGGGAAAAGUCAACGAAUGUUAUCACACUCCCAGCGUCAUCUUCAAUACUCUUAUCCCAAAAUGCAUUGAACGUCCCAAUGCCAACAGAGCCUCUUAACCUGUGCAAUACAGAGCAAGUCUCUAGCGACUAUAUUCAAACUUUUCCCGCACAAGAUAAAAAAGAAAGAAAAAAAAACAAAUCAAAAUAUGAAACUGGCAUACCAGAAAAUAUAAAAGAAUUCGCCAACAAGGUGUUUUCCCCCGAAAAAGUAUGCUCAACAAUAACUAGUUCUACUCAUGCUCCGAAACAAAAGAUUGUUAUACCGUGCCCAGAUCCAUUUAUGUCAGUUUCUAGCACAUUAACAAACACAUCAAUGUACUCAGGAAACCAAGCCGGAAUGGUUCCGCUGCUUCCAUUACUGCAUUUCCCUCCGCGACCUGGCCUAAUACCUUCGGGACCUGGGCUUUUUCCUGCUGUAACUGGUCUGGUCGGUUUUGGCAAUAUUGGUAAUAGAGUCGGUAUGGCACCGAUCAUAGCGUUCCCGGGUCCAGAUGGUUCGGUUGCUGAUACCGCUAGAUGUCCACAAAUUAAAGAUUCUUCUGAUGUUGAUACUAAUCAGUUCCUGCGAAGAUCGUCUACCCAGACGGAUCUGCAAAUGGAUCGAAACUACUGCAACGUUGCUCCUUUGGUUCCAGACUCAAUGAAAUUGGCUGAUUGUAAAACAGUAUCAUGUGGUAAUAAUGAUUUGGCUCCAUCGAAAUUUAAGAAAAAACCAAUAGUACAGGCUUCUGGAAAUCUUGGUGAUCCGAUCGAGGUCUCCGAUGACUCAGACGAAUCAAUACAAAACAGGCAGUUGGUUGAAAAAAAAUCUUCAUUAACAUCUCCAAGCCAUCCUAGAUCAAGCUUAUUACAGAUACAGCCACAGCCAUUUGCACCGCCAACACCUGUAUGUGAAGAUGAAUCCCAUCUGGAUUUAAGGAAUAUCUUGCCUUCAAGCUGUAAUGAAUCAAUCAAAAAAUUUAAGAAACCAGUUAAACUGACCCUUCCUGACGUUAAAAACUUUAUUCACGCAGCUCCUUCACCUUCAGCAUUUCCGCAAUUUAACUUGCCGAAUUUUAUGGGAGGCGACAAGUUUAGUUUAGCUGGGGGAGCAGAUCUUAUUCCAUUGUCGAGAGUGGAUUGUGGUUCUGCAUAUUCAUCCCAUAAAGUGCCAUCCAGUAGCUUGACAGGUGGCGCAACAUCUGGUGUAAGCCCAAUUAUACCAAGUCGUAUGAACAUUACCGAGGAGCAGCAAUUUUUACCAACAUAUUCAAACUACGAGGACAUUACAAUCACUCCGACUGGAGCAACCACGUUAGAUCUUAAAGUGCGCAAGCAUCAUAAAAAGCUAAAAAAGAUCAAAGAUGGGAAGAUUAAAAAAAAAAAGGAUAAAAAAGAUAAAGCUAAGAGAAAAGAUCGGAUCGGCAUAACGUCUUAUAAAACUGAUCGAAAAAUUAAAGGGCUUGAUAAAAAACAGAAAAAGGAAAAGAAGAGAGAUAAGGAUAAGCAGAUUUUAACCCAUACACCGGAUGAACCAGAAGAGUUUCCCAGGGCGCCUUUAAUUAAGAACAUUGAACUUGGCACUGCUCAAAGUGUACUGGUUAGUACACCUGUGUUGAAAUCAAGCCAAUUAACCACAAAACCGCCGCCAACGGCCACUUGUGCAAUGUCUCCAAAGUUACAGCACUCUCCAAAUCAAAUACCAAAACUAACACUGAAACUUAGUGCAAAAUCCACACCGUUUCCAAUUUCCGAAAAAGAAAAAGACAUGCCAGAUACAGAAACGGAAAAACAAUCAACUGUAGUUCCCGUAGACAAGAUGGAGCGUGUACGGGAAAAUUCUCCAGAGCUAGCUCGCUUCUCCCCAUUGGUCACCGGACCGCCUAAGAGCAAACAAUCUGAUACACAUUUAUUGAGCGUCUCCAGCACAGGACCCCUUUUGAGCAACAGUUCUGCUAGUUCUGUACCAGUGAUACCGUUACCUUCCCAAAUAGCUCCGCGGACAACACAGAUCCCGAUAAGUCAACAACAAACUUCGUCUAAUUCAGCCGGUUGGUUGUCGAACUCUAAUAACAGUAACGCUGCUUCAUCCACGCUUUCGGCUAGUUCAGUUUUGCUACCACAGCAAUUGAUGUUAACGCCUAAUCCGAUUAUAAACAACUUUUCGUCAGUAAUGGCCAAUAGUGCAGUGUCCGCACCAAGAAGUGGCUCUUUCAGUUCUGCCACAAAUAUUUCAGAAGAUAGCUCGAAAAUUGCAGAAGCAAGUCGCCCAUCAUCAUAUGUUGACGCCGAGGGCAACCGUAUAUGGAUUUGCCCUGCAUGUGGAAAGGUAGACGAUGGUUCUGCUAUGAUUGGAUGCGAUGGCUGCGAUGCGUGGUACCAUUGGAUCUGUGUAGGUAUUACUUUUGCUCCUAAGGACAAUGAUGACUGGUUCUGUCGCGUUUGUGUUACAAAAAAAAGAGUCCAUGGGUCAGAAAAGAAAAAAAAACGAAACAAGAAGAAGUGAAUUCCAUUUAUGUUGAAACAAUUUAUUAUACCACAGUUAUAUAAUGUACAGUUUUAUUUCUGAAAUGUUUACUUAGACUUUUGCCUUAAUAAAACUGAUGUU